CCAGUAUGUGUAUACUGUUCCUUAUCAGUACUUGUAGAUACUCUUUUCUUUAAUUACCGCUCUUCACUGUUACUGUUAGGCGCUAGUGACAAUCCAAACUUGCGCUUAAAAACACAAUAGUACGUAACAACUCGCUCACGUUUCAUCCAUGUAUAGCAUAUUCAGAGUCAUGCGCAAUCCUUAGGCCUAAAUUAGUUGUCCGCCAAUAGUCGUGGGAUGCCGUCGCAGUACUGAAUUCCGAAGGGGUCUCGCUGUAGGAGAAAUGUCGUAGACAGCCUGGUGACCGGCGCUGGCGCGGUCCUGGUCUUCUACGUUGGCGCCUUGUCCCGGCAAGCCAAGGAGAUGGCACCAAAACGAGAAGUUGAGGAGGAAUACCGGCGAUACAAGGAGGAAAUAAGCAAGCUAUCAAGGGAACAGCUAGAUGCAAGGCGGCCGAACAAGAUAUUGACAAGCAGCGCGUUGCAGAAAGAACUUGAGAAAACGGUUAAAUUGCUUCUCGACCCUAAAAUCAAGGUAGAUCCCGGGCUGUUGCACGUGCAAGUAAAAAAAUUGCUCUACGAGCAGCGCUGGCGGGAAUUAGAGGCGAAGCCGGAGCCAAAAGCGGAGCCGAGCAGCGGAUGGGUAAAUCAGGCCUGUCAGAACCAGCUUCAGCAGUUAGCAAGCAGGGGUGAUGGCGCUGCUGCUGCCGGGCAGCUCCUGCUCCAGCAAGGGCCACAAGCAAGAAGCGCGUUUCGUCAGCUUCCCCCGGGGAAGUCGCCCGGGGUACGGCAACUAGCAGCGGUACAAGCUGCGAAGCCGGCGGCGUGUGCACCGCCUGGGGGCUUGGGCGCGCCUGCGCCACAGUGGGAGUGCUGUCUUUGCAAGAAGCCGUGCGCUGAGGGCCAGGACGCAUGCGAGGAAUGUCAGUCGCAGCAGCAGGCUGCGUUGGAUGGGGCCAACCAACGGCGUGAGCAGCAAUCCGGACGGCAAGCUGGCAGUAGGCGCGUUCUGCCUGCUUCGCUGAAGCAGCAGCCCCUCGGCGCCAAGGACUCGGCACCAGGAGCGCUGCCACCGCCCAACGGCAAGACGCAGCCGAGCAGGUUACCGGCGCUCAACUUUUAUCAGCCCGUCCCCGGUAGUGCAGCCGCAGGCGGAUCUGGGCAAGCAGGCGUCGCAGGCCGGCCACGGAGGGGGGCCGCUGAACCGCAGCCGGAGCAGCAGGGCAAGCAGCAGCAGCUGCGAUCCCAGGGCGCCAAAGGGCGGGAGUCCGACCCAGAUGAGGAUUUCGAGCCGCCUCCGCGCGCCGGCACGUUGCGAGGCCGUGCUGGGCAGCGGCGCUCCGUUCCGCCGACUGUGGAAGAGCAGGCGCCAAUCGACCUGGUGGACAGCAGCGAUGAAGAGGCUGCCGCUGCUGCUGCUGGUACCGCUCGGGAGCGGGGUCAGGGGGGCCAAGGCGACGCCAACGCCGCCGGCCCGGGUCCCUCAUCGACGGCCGCCGCCGCCGCGGCUGCGGGGUCAACACGGGCGACACGGGCGGCCCGCCGUAGCCGCGGGUCGGUCGUGAUGCACGACUUCCGCACCCUUGCGUUGCAGCUGUCCGGGCUGAAGUGCUGCUACCCUCCGGAGGGCGGCAAGCAGUGCGUGGAGGUGAACGGGGAGGACUUGGCGCGGCUGGAGAAGGGGGAGUUCCUGAACGACACCUGCAUCGACGUUUACACCAAGUUCCUGGAGCACCAGCUGCCCGAGGAGCUGCGCGCGCGCUACCACAUCUUCAACACCUUCUUCCUCAAGAAGCUGAUGGAGAAGCAGCAAGGCAAGCAAGCCAAGGCGGAGGAGCGAAACCGGCAGAACCACGAGCGGGUCAAGAAGUGGACCAAGGGCUUCGACUUGUUUUCCAAGGACUACAUCUUCGUGCCGGUGCAUGACGCGCUGCACUGGUCGCUGGUGCUCAUCUGCCACCCCGCAAACGUGGUGCAGGACAAAGCGUACGCGCCGCCCAAGGGCGCGGGGCUGGCGGCGGGGGCAGAGGGGCUGAAGGGCCCGGCGGGGGCGGGCAUGCCCGUGAUGCUGCACCUGGACUCUCUGGAAGGCAGCCACGGUUCCCAGCCUGUCUUCCAGGCGCUCCGCUCCUACCUGCGGCACGAGUGGGUCAAACUGAUGGCCGACGAGACGCUUGACUCGGUGCCGCGCCGCUGGGCUGAGCGCUUCCGCAGCGCCGGCCAGGAGCCGCCCGCCGUGCCGCUUGACACCCCCCAGGGGCUGCCGGGGGUGCGGCUGACGUCGCGGCUGCCCAAGCAGACCAACAGCCACGACUGCGGGCUGUUCCUGCUGACCUACAUGGAGUUCUUCAUCGCGGGUAACCCCGCGUGCAUUGUGAUCCAGGACAGCAACGCCAAAGACGUCCACGCGGUCGAGCCCAAGCCGGAGGCGGCCAAUCCCAACACCUUCCUCAAGAAGGACUGGUUCCAGCCCAGCAACGCCGGCCGCCUGCGCGACCACCUGCGCGCCUUCAUUUGCGGGCUCAUGCUGGGCCGCCUGCCGCCGGAGGACGCGCGCCGCAGCGUGGCGCAGGGCGUGGUGGACGAGUACGAGCGCAAGCCUGAACGGCUGGGCGUGCGCUACCUGUCACCCGUGAAGUACCUCAGCUACGUGACGGAGCGGCCCAACGAGCCGGAGCCUGUCAACGAUGAUGACGUGCUGUCCAGCGGCUCGGACGGCGAGGGCGAGGGCCCCAUCGAGAACCCCGAGGAUGUGCUGCAGACCGCGUCGCCGCGGCAGAGGCUGACCCGCAAGCAGGCCAAGGAGAUCGGCUACACGCCCCCGGAGGCUGGGCCGCUACCCGACUGGAACCGGGGCGGGAACAAGCGGCGCAAGUUGGCGAAUCCUGGCAGCGGUGCCGCGGCGGCUCCUGCGGCCGGCAGCGACCCGGCUGCUGCGGUGGUCGACCUGGCUAGCCCCGAUAAGACGCAGGAGGGCGAGGAUGAGGAGGAGGACGGCCCCCAGGAACAACAGCAGCAGCAGCAGGCCGAGUCACAGCAGCAGCAACAACAGGCCGAGCCCCAGAAGCAGGCAAAGACGCAUGAGGAGGAGUCCCUGGUUACGGAGGACGAGGCGGAUGAGGAGGAGGAGGCGGUGGCGGCGGCGGCGGCGGUGACCGCGGAAGACAUCGACACUGUUCCGGCUACCCAGGAUGCCGAGGCUCAGGGUGCUGGGGAGGAUCAGGAGCCGGUAGGGCAGGAGCCGGAUGAGCCGGAGGCCAUGGAUGUGGAUGGUGGGCCGGGUGGUAACGUGGAGGGUGGGCCGGAUGCCGAGGACGGAGGGCCGGAUGCCGAGGACGGAGGGCCGGAUGUUGAGCUGAUGGAGGAAGACAGCAAGCCGCCGGCGCCCGCGCCGCUGCCCCAGCCGCCCGCGCCGCAGCAGCCGCAGCAGCCGGCUGUGCACCAGGGGGGAGAGCAAGGGCAGCAGCACCGCGUGGCGGGCAGCGGGGGCAGUGGCAGCAGGAGCCUUACCCAUUUCUGCGGGUUUCCCCUCGUUGAGACCGCCAGGAGGCGCACGAAGUCCGCGGUGAAGGCGACGAUGACCCAGAAUGCAGGCGCUUCCCCGCCGGCCCCUGUCGUGAAACCGAGCCCUCAAGCCCACGAGGAGGUGGUACGUGGCCGGGAAGAUGGUGCAGAGGCGGCUCAGCCCGGCGUAGCGGCUGGCGGCAGGCUACCGCCGGCUGCGGGAGGGGUUGCAGCAGCACACGCGGUGAUGGCCCAAGGCCCAAGCCAGGCGCAGGAAGAAGAAGAUCCCGAAGAACUGCCCCAUGGGGUGGUUGCUUCGACGUCUGCUGCGCAAAGGGCUGAGGGCAUCGGUGCGGAGGUGUGCGGUGCGCUUCAGGGUUCAGAAGACCACGUUGGAAAGCGAAAGCACAAGCGGGGGCCCUCGGGUGGCUCCCGAUACCGCCGCAACAAGGAGGGCGCUGACGCACCAGCAGCAGCCGACAUCAUUGUGGCGGCUGCAGCGGCGCAGGAGGAGGUCAUGGGUGCCGGCGGAUCAGGCGGGCACCAGGCUGGCGAGGCGGGCAUGCAGGUGGAGGUGCUGCUGGCGAAUGGCUUUGUCCCGGGGAGUGCCGACGUCGGUGGUGAGGACGGUGGUGGUGACGGCGCCAUCGACAUGCAUCAGGGCGAGGAGGGUGAGGACGACUUCGAGCUGCAGCAGCACCAUCAGCACCACCAUGGUCAUCACCGUGGCAAUCGUCACCAUCACCACCACCACGACGACCAGCAUCAUGAUCACCCUCGCCACCACCACGGCCACAAACACAGCCGCCAUGAACGCCGCAAGCAAGGCAACCCUCCUCAGCAUCCAACGACGGCGCAGGAUACGCAGUCGCCGGGCGCAGCGGGCGUCUGGGAGCAGGAAGAUGGGUUACUCGGCUCCUCGGGAGAUGUCGAAGAGGACCCGCAGGCGCAGCAGCAGGCGCAGGGCUUGAUGCCACCGCUGCCGCCACCGCCGCUGCAGCAGCAGCAGCGGCCCGUCGUCCGCACGCACAAGCGCUGGUUUGAUGGCGACGGGUCGCCAAUGGAGGCUCACGGGUCGGCCGCAGCCGUUGCCCCGACAGCGCCACGCCAGCGGCAACCGAGCGACGCAGUCGCUCUUGACGUUGCCGGCGAUGCGGCAGAUGAGGAGGACAAUGACCUCGACGACAAUGUUGGCAGUUGGCGGGGCGUCGGCAUCCUGGAAAGCCCUGACCUUGUCGUGGGCUCGGCUGCUGUGGCGCAUGCAUGCGGCAGCACGAGAUCACCCCAUUCCAAGCACCAGGCUGCCCCAGCAAAUCAACCUCAGCCCGCCCCCGCCUUUUCGUACUACCAUAAGAAUCGCCUCAACGCGGCGGCAAACGGCAGCAGCCAGCAGUUCAUCCCGCCUGCCCUGGAGCAGAGACAGCAGCCAGCAUCACAGUUUGCCCCAGCUCCGCAGGCGCAGGCGCUGGGUUCAAAGCACGAAGCAGGCACCGCAACCGGCGCUAGGCCGAGGGUUGCAGCUCUGGACCUGGCCCGUACAUCCCCACAUGGAGACCUCGCCGCGAUGGCUGACGACAUCAGAGCACCGGCGGCAUGUCCGGCGGCAGCCGCGGCCGCUGGUACCUCCCACACCACCACCACCAUGGCUGGCAGUGCGGGAGGCGGCCAGCUGCUGGACCCCAGCGCUCGCCAGUACCUAAGCGGGCAGCCGCCGGGGUCAGCGGGCCAGCAACGCGGAGGGGUUGAGCACGUCAGGCUGCCGGGCCUACAGGACGGGCGGGCAGGAGGGCUUCGAGGUUGUGGGGUGCUCAAGUCGGCUGCCGGCUUGCUGGGCGCGCCCGCUCUGUCUAUGAUUCCGCAGACGGCACCGCUGCACGCUGUUGAACCUGCGCGCCUGGUAUGCGGCCAGCGGCAGCAGCAGCAGCCAGGACCCGAGGCCACAACCACGGGGCCAGCGGCUGGCUUGGCUCCUGCUGCCGCACCGCCGCAAUCCCAACAGCGAGGGCAGCCGCAGGCAGGUUUUCAUGGGAAGGACUUGAAGAGCACGAUAUUUAGGCAGAAGACGCUAGCCGCGAAGACCGGGCAGGCACAACAGAAUCUUCCAUCCGCCUGUGAGCCUCAACUGCCGCCGCUCCAACCGCCGCCGCUCCAACCGCCGCCGCAACAACGGACUUUGCAGCAGCACCUGGCUCCAUCAGGCCUCGUGCUGCCCCCAAUGACCGAGAGCGACGACGACAUCUCUUUAACCCAGCGGCAGGAGGGCAGCCAGCACACCGCCGGCCGCUGCCGCGAAGCCUCCUGCGAUGUGCGCGGACAGGACCUUCCCGUCGAGCGGCCCCAGGAGGCAGCGCGCAAGAAACAGCGGCCGAACCCGCCUGAGGAGCUGACCCAGCCCCAUGCAGCGCUCGAACAGCAGCAGCAGCAGCAGAGGGUCGCGCAGGGCUCAGGAGGAGCACAUGGUGAUACGGUGCACGCGCCGAACGGUGCCGUGAAGAAGGGCAGCUUUAUACAGGAGGUUUGCAACGGUGUCGCCGAGAUGUGCCGAGCCACCGAAGACAUUGUGGGGAGUUUGCUGCUGCCGUGGUCGUCCCAGCACAAGCAUUCGCCACAGCCGGGCGGUGCUCAGCCGUCUGCAGGGAAGCAGUCGCCGGCUGGUGGCGCUCAGGGCGCCGGUUGGGGCGCCGACAUGCGUUUCGCUGACGGUGGCGCCGACGCAUUGAUGCCGUAUGGAGAUGAGGAUGGCGAUGGAGGCAUGGGGGACGAGCUCGACGUUGAUGAUCGCGAGGAGUUUGGCGGUGGCAACGGCGAAGGCGAGGAGUACUACAGCACGCUGGAGGAUGCGGCCGCGCUUGGUGAGGUGCCUGGCGCGGCUGCUGCGGGCGGCGGCUUGGGUGACGCUGCGCAAGCUGAGGCUGGCGUUGGGGAUGAGGAUGAGGCGGUGGCAGCUGGGGCAGCUCCGGCGCCAGCGUUGGUGCUGCCGCUGGAGGAGGCUGAGACGCAUGCGGCGGCUGAGGAUGUCGCAGCGUACAACGUGUACACCCAGGAUGCUGCGUUGCCGGAGUACGUGGAUUCGGGGAGCGUGGACCUCGCAGGCGAUGAGGAGGAAGAGGAGGAGGAGGAUGCUGGCAGCGGUGACGACAGUGGUGGCGGCAGCGGGCAAGGCGACGGGGAGGAGCAGCAACAGCUAGGAGGCGUGGGAGAGGGCGACGCCGGCCAGUGGCAGGAUGGGGCUGCAGAUGGCAGGCAGGAGGAAUGGGCGGAGGGUAGUAAGAUUGUUGUCGAGGAUGGCGGCUGCUUGUCAAGCGGUAGCGACAGCGACAGCGACAGCGAUGAGGAGAAUGACAACGACGCCGGUGUGAAGUUUGAGCCGAGCGCCACUGGCCGACCAAAGCGCCGCGCCGCCAUCGCCACCAAUGAGAGGAUACGGCAGCAGACUAUUGCCGUCGGCGCCGCCUUAAGCCCUGGCCCGGGUGGAGGAGGAGCGUUCGGACAGGGGCGGGGAGGUGUCGGAGAAGCGGGAGGUCGUGGUCGCGGCGGUGGUUCUGCCAUGCCAGGGCGGACCAAGCAGCAACGACAGCAUGAGCAACAACAGCAACAGACGGGACGGCAACGGAGUCACGGCUCGCAUGCUGCUGCGCAAGGGGCGGGCAUUGCCGCUGCCGGGAACGUGCAGACUCGGGUGACAGGGGCCAAGCUGAGUGAUGGUCGCGGUGUCGCAACGGGGACCCCGAAACAGCAGCAGCAGCAGGCGAAGCGAAAGGGCAGCGGUGGCUCCCGGCCCUCUACCGGUGCCAAGCGGCGGGGCUCGGGCGGUGCCAAGGAGGGCGAUGCGGGUGCUGGUAGUACGAAGCGUGGGAAACCGCAAACGCAAACAACGCUGACGGGCUUAGUGCUUGCAGGCCGGCGCAGCGAUGGGGCGGUGGCGGCGGUUGGUGCUGUUACAGAACAGCAGCAGCACGUGGAGCAGCAGCAGGGGGUGGAUCCGUACGACGAGUUCGAGGACCUAACGAAUGACGAUGAGCGGUACCAGGAUUAGGGGUUUAGGGUCAGCGCUGUACAGGGUUGUAAAGAUCGUUCUUGGGUAACGCCUAGAGUGGGAGCUGUUGUGGGAGAGCAUUGUAUGCCUGUGAGGUGGGGAUGGAGGAGCGGCAUGAGAGCCAUGCGGGGUGUUCCAGUCCGUAGGCGAGAUUUGGUACGCAGAGUUGCUUGUUUCAUAGAUGGCUAGGUAGACAUUAGGGUGCCGCUUGUAGUCUUUUGUAGGUGUAUAGUGUAGGAGAGGUACGUGAAUGCUAGUGGGGGCAUAGCAGAGAAAUGGCGUCGCAUGGCACGUGAUUUAAUUUGAGGCCUGCCGCACUGCUGUAGGUUGCAUGUCAUGGCAGUGCAGCCAUGAGUGAAUAGCUUCGCGGCUCGCGCCUGACAAUGCGGCUUGCGCCUUCAGUAUUUUGGGCUAUUAAAGAGUUUAAAUUGCAGGACGUGUCGGGGCGCCCGCUUCUGUAGGUAGAAUGGUAGGUGCUGUCUUCAGCUGUUAGCAGACACAGGGAUAGCACCGCUGACUUGUCCCAGUAUGGUCGUGUCAAAGUGCUAUUAGUUCACAUGCUAUACAGCGCAGGAGUGUUUAGAUGGAAAUGGAGACGUGUCCCUACGGCGGGGGUUGCUGUCUAAUUUUAAUGUUGCCGCCGCUGGCACCCUUUGGGGUGAAAUGUAUGUUGUAUACAUACCGGUACGCAAGCAGGUUAUGAGCAAGCCACAAGGCAGGGAUUCCGACACAUGUUUCUUAGAAUGCUCUUGGGUUCGUGACUAACGUGCAACGGGCGUCCAUGCUCGCAUUUGCUUGCUGGGGGACCCAUACGGUGUGGUUUAGGUAGCAGUACUUCUUUUGGGUGUCGCAAAAAGGUACUGGUCUUGCGUUCGCGAGCGCGUGGUACUAGGCGGCAGCACGGAUGUUUGGGCGUGGGCUACAGCGGUGUGGUACACUACACGUCCAUGGUGUAGCCAUGUAGCGCAGUGUACCGGCAGUGUGGCCGAUGUCGCAUUUUACAGCAGGAGGGUCAUUGGAAGGAUUGGAGGGCUCUGUCCGCUGAGGCCCGAUCAUGUGGCACUGCCGCCGCGGGUCACAGCAGCUGCACCACUGGGAGGUCCGGAAUGCAAGCAAGACAGGACAGCUGUGCUAGGAGCAGGGUAAUUUGUGUUGAGAAGCACGGGUACAGUUGCACAGGGACGCCGUCAGGUGGUGCCGCCGCCCUGACACCUUUGCUUGCAGCCACCUAGAUGUUUCCAACACUUGCGGCUCAGCUGCAAUACAGGUGCUGCAUUGCAGGCGAAGGACAGUUAGGACAGCCGUAUACGGCCCGUACGGAAACCCUGCCUGAAGGAAGACGCGAUUUGCGCCAUGCUAAGAUGGUACGAAGCUUGUAAC